AUGACUGCUAACGGAAUAUCGGACCUUAGCGGUCUGCGCCGCGUGCUCACCAAGGCAGGAUUUGAUGUUAACAGAUUUGUUAAAAAUACCGCCCGAGAUGGUAACCAAGCAACAGAGGACAUGUUGGAAAAACUGUCCGUCAUGUCGGAUGAUGCAUCGUCUAAGAUGAAACAAGCCGUCUUUGAAAACUACAAGCUAUUCAUCAAAGCCGGCAAGGCUGCCACCGAAUUAGAGGCCACGGUUCAUCAAAUUCACAGCGAUUUUACCGAAAAGGAACAGGUUAUGAAUGCACUUGUUGAUAUUUGUCUGUUUACGGAUACAGCACCCAGAUUAUCGGAUGGUUCAACUAAGGUUGGUGACUCGAGCAAAUUGACCGACGACGCAUCAUCGAAGCGCCUAAGUGAACACGCCGGAGCUUACUUGCGGUCCCUAGCCCACAUACUUGAAUUUCCACCGGCUCUGCUUGAUGAUUCAAACCGCCGCAUCAUACUGGACGGGGAGCUUAGUGAGCUGAGUGUCGAUACCUACUCCGUUAUAUGUGUUGCUCGCCUUUUUCUGUUGGACGAUAUGCUUCUGAUAGCAUACAACCAAUCUACGCGAUCGUUAGAGGGUCGUUAUCGCAUUCAGGUGGCUUACCUACUAGAUACUGUGGAUGUUUUCAAUGUGGUGAGUCGCGAUCGUCGCUUUUCAUCAGAGAGUACUUUCAAAAUCUCUUCCGGCGCUGUGGUACAUCUGUUCCAAGCUGACUCAAUCGCAACCAAACAACUGUGGGUACGCGUGUUGGAAGAAACCAAGCGGUCCCAUAAGAUUUCCAAACCAUCACCGGACGUCGACCAGUCUGAUUAUGGUUCACUUGGGUUCGAUGAUGCACAUUUCGCCCACAGUACAUUUUCCAGGAUAUCUGAGCGUUCCACAACAAAUAUUGCUGGUAAACUGCCUCCGUAUGCCCUAUCGCCUUCAGGCGUCCCGGGUGAGUCAUUUCGGGAUGCUGUCAAGGCUUUGCGAGCCACCCUCCCGGAGUGUGUCGAUCUGCUAUCUCCGCUCUCAGAGACCCCGAGUCCUACACCAUCUCGAAGGAAUCCAUUUGGGGAUUAUUCCGAUGCCAGAGCAUCUCAGAGGGAUUCGUACAAGUCGUCAGCAUCCGGACCAAGUCAAUUCGCCGUGUCCUGGUUGUGGGACGCACCCGAAGACUUGGAUGUGGCUAUCUCAGAACGGGACUUCUCUCGCGCCACCGAAUUAGUAUGUAAAACUCGCCAGAAGCUGGAUCGAAUUUUGUCUGUACUACAAACCAGUGAGGGCGGUGCUGGAGGCGACUCAGCAAUCGCUUCCAGUCGAAGCGACCUGGGCUCGGAAACAGCGGACGAGUGGCUUGCUAUUAAACCCCUUGCCGAGUGGCUCAAUUUGUCCAAACGCAUCUCAAGAAGCGAGGAGAGUCUUGUAGAUGCUUUGCAAAAAGAAUUACUCGCAGCCGCUGAUAGACAUGGUGGUCCGCGCUCUAUCCGCACCGCUGUUGCUAAUCUGGGAUUGCUGGGCAAAUGGACGCUGGCUUCCCAGUUGUUUCUUUUGUACAGGUCAAGUGUGAUCGCCCGGACGGUCACCCACGGAGUCCGUCAGGAGGGAAGUCAGUUGGUCUAUAUGAACCGAUUUUCUUUCGCAUUUCAUCGAGCGUUAGCUGAAACAGCUGCUGAGUGGAAGAAGAAUGUCGUCGAGCCGCUCCUACAGGUGAUGGAUGGGGAGGCCUCGGGUCGAAGUAAGCAGGAGAAACAGGACCGAAAGACUUUCGAGCGUCUCCUUUCACUCAGACUCCAUGCUUGGAUAUUAGAGGAGGCGGACAAAUUCAGCCAACAACUUCGUGUCCUUCUGGUCGACAGUCGAUCCGUUUCAUUUUACUCCAUGGCACUUGCUGCUCAUCGCAUCAAUGCGCACGCGGACAAGAUCACAGAGUUGAUUGGAGUCGAUGUUCGUUCUGCACUGCAUUCAAAUCUCUCGGAUACCUGGAGACGAGCAGCGGAAGCCCAAGCCCACGUACUGCGAGAUGCUGUGGAGCAUCGAGCGAAGCAAGAACUUUGGGAGCCAAUAACUUCGAAACCGACGACUGAACAAGAGAAAUACUUACGCGAACUGGCCGAACUCGGACUCAUCGGCCGACGUUCCGUAAGCCUAGGUAUCCCCCUCACAACCAACACUUGCCAACUUAUUCGUUCUCUAUACCACUUUAUCCAAAGUGGGAAAAGACUGGAUUGCGACGACCUCACUGUGACGAUGAACCAGUGCGUUGCCAAGAUUUUGCGCGUCGAAUUAGAAAAUUACGAACGUGCAUUACACGAUCCCAUGUGGAACAAAAAGUGUGUUCUCAGCACGCGUACACAUCAUUGCGUACAAUCAACCGCACGCUGUUCAGUGUACAAACACAAGGACCCGGUUAAACGGAACUGCACCGAACGGCUUGAAUUUCGGACGGUCUUGAAACACCAUCUGUAUGGCCACCGUAGAGUGAAGAGUGCGUUCGUGUCCAAAGGAUGCGCAGACUGAGUGUUCUUAAGUUGACGGCCAUUGGUAGCGCUAAUUUGAUGUCUCAAACCCAACACGUUUCCUGUGAUAACUCGCUGUUUGAGGAGAAUCUACGACUUUAGAUCUUAAGACCGCUUAUCACUAGUCAGAAACACAAAUUUAACUCCCAGAUUCACACGCAACAUAUGUGAACGUAUUCCGAUCGCUUGAAGUAUAUUCCGAAUCGGAAUACCGCCACAUUAUAACAGCCGAUCUCGUAACAUACUGUCGGAAGUCAUGG